UACAGAUGUAAUUUAAUUCAUUCCUGUCCGCCAUGUUUAUUUUUCUCUGCGUUCUAUUCCCCAUUGGAUUAUGGGGAAUGGUACCUCGGCGAGUGUGUGGGUGAUGUACACUCGAAAUCAGAGUACAUUGUGUGUAUAAACGAGUGAACGAAUGUAGGGAAUGAAGUUGUUCUCUGAGAAUUUUGGACGCCACUACAAAAUGGCCCACACCGUAUGUAGUGCACUUUAUAGGAGAUAGGCAGCGGUUUGAGACACAGCCGGGAGGGAGGGGCGUGGCUUCUCGCUACAGGAUCAGGCUGACUAUCUAUUAGCAUUCGCUUUAGUUAGUUAUCAGCUGCCAUUAUCUCCAAAAAGAAAGAAGACUGGAAUUCUGUGAAGAUCUUAUACAGUCUGACCACCUGAUGAAUGGAAACAGCUGCCUGAGUCCAUGAGAAGCGAGGAAAUAAGGGUCCAGUUGUUCAUUGUGAGGUUAAGGAAAGUCAUGCCAGUAUGCCAUUUGCCUUCGGGACUGAAGACAUUUUGUUUUUGAGAUCAAAAGACAAGUACGAGACAAAAGAUCUGCAUCCAUCCAUCCAUCCAUCUUCUAUACCGCUUAUCCACUUCAGGGUCACAGGGAACCUGGAGCCUAUCCCAGGGAGCAUCGGGCACAAGGCGGGGUACACCCUGGACAGGGUACCAAUCCAUCGCAGGGCACAAUCACAUACACACUCACACACCCAUUCAUACACUACGGACACUUUAGACACGCCAAUCAGCCUACCGUGCAUGUCUUUGGACUGGGGGAGGAAACCGGAGUACCCGGAGGAAACCCCCGCAGCACGGGGAGAACAUACAAACUCCACACACACAGGGCCACGGUGGGACUCGAACCCUGGAGGUGUGAGGCGAACGUGCUAACCACUAAGCCACCGUGCACCCCCAUAGAUCUGAAUUUCAGCUUUAAUUUCCUGAUAUUUACAUCUAGGAUGGAUAUAAAGUCUUACAUACCCCUGUUCAGAUGGUAGGAUUUUGCGAAGUAAAAGAAUGUGAUUAAGAUAAAUCAUGUCAGAUCUUUUCCCACCUUUAACGUGAAAUUGCAAAGUAUACACGUAAAGUGGAAAAACAAUCAUAAAUCUUUUUUUUGUGGGGGGGGAAAAGGAAAAAAUAAAAAAACGUACAAUAACUUGGUUGCAUAAGUGUGCUUUCCCUUAAACGUAUACUUUGCUGAAUCACCUUUUGAUUUUAUUAAUCCACUCAGUCUUUUUUUUGGGUUAGAGUUCAUCACUGUGGCACAUCUUGACUUGAGCUAGAUGCUAGCUUCUGCACAUUUCAGCUACUCUGGUCUUCAUGUUGGUUUAUCCUUUUUAACAACAAAUGCCGUCUUCACAGUCGAAACCUCGAGCUGAAACCAAGAGUAGACACUCAGAGCUAUUAAUUCUUCAAUCAACCAGUUUAACGGGGCACACCUGGGCAACAAGAAACUCCUGUCAGUCACAUGUUCCAGUAUUUUGUGUUGGACCGUUGGGGAAAAAAAUGGGUGGGUUAAAUCAAAUGGUGCCAUGUUCUAAGUUGUUUAACACCGAUAGAUGUAAAUAUGAGGAACGCUGAAAUUCUGAUCUAUUGUCUCGUAUUCAUCUUUUGAUCUCAAACCCAAAUGUCUUCAGUGUGUAGCAAAAAUAAUAGGAUUGGCCUCGUUGUCCCAAUACCUUUUGUGUGAGUGUGAAAAGCUAUGUUGUGGUAAAUGAAAAGAAAUAUGUGUCAGCAAAGCAUUAAAACAAAUGUGAACACAAGGAAAACUAAUAAAAUACUGCGUAUAUUUAAGUGAUCCGUAAUAACGUAAUCUUGGUCGAUCUGUUCAGCAAAAAUUUUAAUAGGUCCUCUUUCAUGUGCUCUUUUAUCCAGGAGGAGGUGUAUUGUACCACUUAUGGUCAUGGGCUUGAUUGCCACUGGCAUUCUGAAACUGCCCAUUUUCACUACUAACCCAAAACCUGUCAUGAUGCAUGUAGAUCCCCAUCAUCGAGAGCGUGUUCAUUCUUUUGUCAGAAGAGUGCUAGCCCAAGAAUGCAGACCAUCUUUUGCAAGAAAGAAGAUCGAGGGGAUGUAUUCUAGUUCUGUGCACGUGGCUGAGCCCUUCUUACAAAAAAACAGCAAUAUAACAGAAAAAAUAUUUGAGUAUCCACCACCGUUUGGAUUUCACAACCUGCAACACAAGCUACAAGAUGUCCUGGAUCUCAUACCCAUUUCCUCGUCGGAGAAUACCAGACGGCGUGAUUGCCGCCGAUGCGUUGUAGUUGGCAAUGGAGGCAUACUUCAAGGUCUGGAGCUGGGGUCUCUCCUGAACCAGUUCAAUGUGAUCUUACGAUUGAACAGUGGCCCAGUGAGAGACUUCAGUAGAGAUGUGGGAAACCGCACUACUAUCAGGAUGAGUUAUCCUGAAGGCAGCCCAAAGAUAUGGGAAGAUGUGGACCCUCAGCUUCAGUUUGUAGCCGUUAUUUACAAAGCUGUUGAUUUCAACUGGCUUCAUGCUAUGCUCUCAGGAACUACGAUAUCACUCUGGGACAAGCUGUUUUUCUGGCAGAAGGUACCCGGUAGCAUUCCAGUUGAGCCGUCAAAGUUCCGUAUACUAAAUCCUGCAAUCAUCAGGGAGGCAGCCUUGGAUCUGCUUCACUACCCAAAGCCUAAGCCUCGACAUUGGGGUUGGGAUCAGAAUGUUCCUACCUUGGGGUUAUCUGCUGUUAACCUGGCGACCUACUUGUGUGAUGAAGUCAGCCUAGCAGGCUUUGGCUACAACCUUAGGCAGAAGACGACAUCACUGCAUUACUAUGACAACCUACCUAUGACUGCUAUGCUAAAGCAAGCCAUGCACAAUGUGGACCACGAGACAGUGUUUCUCCAGAGAUUGGUUGCUGCUGGCGGCAUUCUGGACCUUACAGGGGGAGUACAUUGCAGUUUCUGUUCAACAUGAAGCCAUUUUGCACUAAUUCUGGGAUAUCUUGACAGCCCAAAAACAAAAUAUAAUAGUUUCACUGUAAUUAAUACAUGUUGCAAUUUUAUUUAUUUUGCUUCGUUAAAAGCAUUUUGUUUCUGUCUCGUUCACAGCUGUUACUGACUGUGUUCUGGUACACCAAUUGAACAAUGUAUUUUAAUGAUUGUGUAUUUUUAAUAAUGUACAUGUACUUUCAUUUUCAUAUUUUACUCAGACUUUUACACUCAACAUCCACUUUUAAUAGGAACGUGUACCUGUACACCUGCACAUUCAUGCACUUAUCCAAUCAGCCAAUUAUGUGCCAGCAGAACAAUUCAUCAAAUCAUGCACAUACAGGUCAAGAGCUUCAGGGAAUGUUCACAUCAAACAUCAGAACGGUGAAAAAGCUUGAUCUCUGUGACCUUUACUGUGGCAUGUUUGCUGGUACCAGAUGGGCUGGUUUGAGUAUUAGUAUUUAGUACCAAGACUGGACAGUUGAAGACUGGAAAAAGACCUGGUGGGUUGUUGUUGUUGGGUUUUUUUUUUGUUGUUUUUUCCUCUUCAUUUGUCUAGUUUCGAUGAGCCUGUGCCAACGAUAGCCUCAGAUUCAUGUUCUUGGCUGACAGAAAUGGAACCCAGCGUGUGUGUCUGCUCUUGUAGCAAAUCCACUUCAAGGUUCAAUGUUUUGUGCAUGCUGAGAUGCUUUUCUGCUCACCACGGUUGUAAAGAGUCGUCACUGUUACUCUAUCCUUCCUGGCAGCUCAAACCAAUCUGGCCAGUUUCAAUCCACAAGCGUUUUAAUCCACAGAACUGUCUCUAACUCUGUGGUGUUUUUUUUGUUUGUUUGUUUUUACGCACCAUUCUGUGUACACUCUAGAGACUGUUGUGUGUGUGAAACUCAGCAGUUUCUGAAAUACUCAAACCAGCCCGUCUUGCACCGACGACCAUGCCACGGUUAAAGUCACAGAGCACACUUUUCCCCGUUCUGAUGUUUGAUGUGAACAUUAAGCGAAGCUCUAGACCUGUAUUGCUUGAUUCUAUGCAUUGUGCUGCUGCCACGUUAUGGGCUGAUUGAAUAACUGCAUAAAUGAGCAGAUAUACACGAGUUCCUAUUAAAGAGGACGGUACGUAUGCGGACAUGACAUUAUACGGUACUAGUUUAUUUAUGUUCAGGAGACGAAAUUAAAACGGAUUACGGUUCCAGUAAAAACUGACUGUGUGGCAUGUUUUCAACUCACCGGCUUCGUACAAUGUACUUGAAGUGGUUGAAUUUGGCCUUUUGAAAUAUAAGUACUGGAAAACCUUGAAAAUAGCCGGUUUUUAAUCUAGCGGUGCUUAGAACGUACUUGAAUUAUCAAAAGUCAAUAAAUCUGAAAUCGCUAAAUAACCUAAGUGUUUAUUUUCAGUAGAACAUGAAUACAUCCUUUCACUCAAACUAUGACUCCCUAUG